UUGACGGGAACCAAACUGGGAUGCAGUGAAGGUGGAUGUGGGGCUUGUACUGUCAUGAUCUCAAGAUAUGAUCAUGAAAAACAAAAGAUAAAGUAUCCUUUUAAGAAUAACCAUACUUUUUUAGAUAGAGCACUCAGCUUUAUCUUGUUGACCUGCUUUGUGACCUCACGUUCCCGCAAUUAAAAACACUUUGUUUUAGGCUACGUAGAGAGAGCACUCGGCUUUGUCUUGUUGACCUGCUUUGUGACCUCACGUUCCCGCAAUUAAAAACACUUCGUUUUAGGCUACGUAAACGAUUUUCCGGCCAACAUUUGGACGCUGUUAAAACUUGUUUAUCGUUUGUCAUUUGAGAUACCAUAAAUGAUUUAGUAGACGCCCUUCUCUCAGAUAAACGCCUGUCCUGCCCCCCCCGGGGGGGUACUCCCCUAUAAAAUGGCGGGGGUGCUCCUCGCACCUUUUAGGGGUUUAAAUUUGCGGAUUGGUACCGCUUAGGGUGCUAAUACCUAAAAUGACUGCUGCCAGAUAAAGAUUUAUGACAGUACUUUCAAAAAGUCCUUGAGAAGAGAGUGUUCGAAAAUUAUCUUCAUUACUGUUAAAAUUUUUUAGUGCCAGUGAUAUAAUUUAUUUAACAAUUAACGAAUGAAGCUGAGUAUCUUAUGAAGAAUUAUGGAGAUGGGGGAGGGUGUUUUCCUUCGAGACUGUAGGCCGAGGCGGAUAAUAUGAUACGAAAGCCGAAUUCAUUAAUUGUUUUAUUAUUCAUUCAAAAUAAUUCCUCCAUCGAUCCAUCGAUGUUAAGUUCAUCUCUUGUCUUCGAUAGUGCACGUUUAGGGUUGUUCAGCUCCGCAAAUAUUCUCCAAAUAGCAGAUGUUGCCCUUCGAGAUGUCUUCUUGCCUUUCUUGCCAUGUUUUGAGCUAUUAUUUCGCCUAGUUCUUACUCUUGAAACGAGUGAAAUGUCCGCCAUUUUUGUUUCCACAACCAAAACAAUUCAAUCUCGUCCCCAGGUUUUCUCGGUUAACGGUGCAUUAACCUUCAAAAACGCUGCAUUUUUGCGUCAUUUUCUCGUUAAACACAAAAUUUUUCCAAAUUUGGUCAUCAGCAACUUGUUAUGGUGAAUUAUGCGUGUUCUUUUAGCCAAUCAGAAUCGGAGAAAUAUUUUGAAUGAAUAAUAAUAUUGUUCAAUUGGUUUACUCUUAGGGUGGAAAUCAAUUUGGGACACGCCCAUAAAACAAGAUUCGGGUACCUUUUACGGGUGUUCUCAAAAUUUUCCGACGAGCACCCCCGUCACUUUUGUAGGGUAGUACCCUUGGUCUCUCCUGUAGUAAAAGCCUUCCCCCACUACGCUUUGUAUUAAACGCCCCUCUCUAAUAAACGCCCCCUGUCUAAUAGACAUGAUAAUUUCUUCAUUCAUUUUUUUCUUGAUUAACAAGAGUGUGCGCAUUGCAUCUCGAUCAAUGACAGGUUAAAAGUCACGAUUCUGAAAUCAAAGUCAGUUAAGUCGAUUUAAAUGACGAUAUGGACCUCUAAACGGUCUAUCACUGAAUGGAUUGGAUAGUUUGCCAUUUAUAAACUGUGGUGUAUUUGACUUCGGACGCCGCAUUUUCAUGAGCCGAACCUAGUGCAUAAAUUAUUAUAACGUAUUUUGCACGCAUGACAGUUGCCCGUAAUGGGCAUUUUUCGCCUUUUGAAUACUGUUCGGCCGGAGUUAAUAUCGGCGUCUGAAUCAUUUCUGCCGGUCUAAAUAAUUUGGGUCAGCCUUAAUGCGAGUUAAGGUCGAGUCAUGAAAAGUUCGGCGUCUGAACCGGGCCUAAGCAUAUCAGUUUUAUGGAGUUUGUUUCAGCUUUAAGAAUGAACGGCUCUAUUUUUCAAACUUCUCUUAUCUAUUAAACGCCCCCUCUUAGGCUCCUAAAAUUAAAAAGAAGCCCUGAGCGUCUAUAAGAUUAUCUACAGUAUGUUUCUUUCAUGAUGUAAAAGUACAACUUUUUCGUUUUUCGCAAAAUUAAAGUAAAGUUUUAAGAAAAUAAAACUCAGUUCCUAGUUUUUGUUUGCCUUUCUCCUGUUUUUCCUAUUCCUCUUUCCCAUUUUUGCUGAACAUAUGAUUGCGUUAUACUAGACAGUUCACACCUGUAGGACCUAGGUGAACGGUAAACUAAAGCGAAAUCUAAAGUUGAUUAAGGUCUCGGUAAAUGAAAGUUUUAGUACAUUGCUCGAUUUUUUUUUUAUUUUAUUUUUGGCAUGAGUGGGUCCUAAAUUUUAUUUUGGCAGAAAAAGAAAACCAGAAAGUGCUUUUUAACCCUUCUAAAAUGAGCCUUUUCUGAGCUAACCAGCCAAGCGUGGACCUCGCCCUAAAUCUUUAGAGCUGAUUUUCUCUCACUCUAUUUUAGGCGCAAAAAUCAAAAUUCUCCGACCUCCAGUCGGGACAGGUUUUAAGCUAUCGCUUUGAAACUUUCAGAUAUGAUGGAUAAUGAUAUAGACUCAUUAAGGGUGUGAGGAAUUUUCCGAUUUCCCUUUGUAACUCAUUUUAUGUCAGUUUCUUUGCGUAAAUCGCGCUCGAGAUUCGACUUUUUAGUUUGAAAUGCAAUAAUUCCGCUAAUACGAAACGUAUGCAAAUUUCCUCACACCCUUUUCUAGGUGUUUUAUCUGUCAAUCAGAUGCAAUAAAAAGGAAGUGAAUAUUUAACAACGCGAAAGGGCUGGAGCUUCAGCAGUAAACUUGAUACCUCUGAGUUCGAGAGCAAAAAACUUAAGCGCCUUUUGAAAUUCGAUGAAAUAAAAUCUUUUAUAAGGUAAUUUAGUCUUUUAGCUUUAAUUUGAUAUAUAACAUGCCUUUGUAACGAAAAUACUCGCGCGACUAGCAUUUUUUUCUGUGGGCACCUCGUUUUCCUUUACCGAGACCUUAAAUAAAAAUGUUUUUAGCUUCGAGUUUGCACUUUUUUUCUAGGGUAGACUAAAUAGAAGUGGUUACGUGCAGGGAAGGCAUGUAAAGAGAGCACGGGGCAGUUUAUUUUUGUUUGCGUCUCUGGUGAAUUCUACGUAACAGAUUUUAUCAUUGGAUGGACAUUUUUCCUCCUUUUAAUUGGCCGACAGCCCUCCACGUGACCUGCAAAUAACUGCCUACAAAUAAGGCUCUGCUCAUGCGCAAUGUUUUCCAACUGUGUUUGGCUGCAAAUAAUACUGUCUUCAUGCGUAAAUGAAACCACGCUUUUCUCCUUCUUGAUGGCAGAUCGCUUGACUUCCCGAAGAUAUUCAUUAAAAAACAAACUAGGUGAUCGAAUGAUAAAACAAUUAUUGAACUCGUUAUCGCCAAAUAACGUGAUUUGUCAGUGUCUCGCAGAUCUAUUAUUUGCCUCGGCUAAAAAAAAAAAUGCUCGCCACCGGCAAAUCAAGAUAUUUUGCCUAACAUCGUCCAAUUAUUGUUAAUUAUUUAGACGUGCUUUGAGCGUUUUCUCGUUUUGCGCAAAUUCAGCACCAGUGGCUUUGAACGCAAUCGGAUAAUGACAGAGUCACCAACGGAACAGGGUUUAUGAUUCUACAAGAGCGAACUAAAGCGUUUCUAAGGUCAAUAACUUAUCACACGGCCUGAUAUGCAUAUGGGCAGUUAAACUUGACAUUGCUAAUACACUUUUCUGCAAAUGGAUGUCUGUUGCCGUUGUGUGCAGUGGAUGGAAUGGCAGUUACCACAGUGGAAGGAAUUGGGAGCACCAAGACUACUCUCCAUCCUGUACAGGUACAUAUUUUAAGUAUUAUUUUUUAAAAGAAUAGUUUUAAAGAAUAAAAUAAAAAGUAAAAAUAUCUCAUACUAUCAGAAGCCCGUAACUCGGAGCAUGCAACUCCCUUACUCAGUCUUUGCAACGGGGUUUUUUUAAGCAUCGUAUUGGUCAUGGUCAAGAGUACUUUAUCGCCACGAAAAUGAAAGGACCGCUUCGUAUCUGUGUGUAUUCAUUGUUCGAUAAUGACAAAAUAAAGACAAAGGUAAGUAUCCUAUUUUCUUCUCGUCUCCGUAUUUAUACUGACUUAUUUGUAAGACUUAUUUGAUGGUCAAAAUUGGCGGGACAAUCGAUCUGAAAAUAACCCGGUCAUUAAAAAAAAACGCCGUUGCAUGGGCACAAAAGGGUUGCUCGCUCUGGGUUUAUGGCUUCUGCUUAUAUAUAAGGGCGAUGCCUCAGGUAAGCUAGUUAUUAAUCGAACAAUAAAUCUUUUUUUUCUGGGAAUCACUGACAACUACAAUUACAUAUCUUAUAGCACUGUUAUUUUUUUUAUUUUUACUUUUUCUACUUAUUAAGGAGCGAAUUGCUAAAUCUCAUGGGUCCCAGUGUGGAUUUUGCACUCCAGGAAUUGUGAUGUCAAUGUACACCCUUCUGAGGAACAACCCUGCACCAACACAGAAAGAAAUAGAAAGUGCUUUCGAAGGUAUGAAACUCUUGUCAUAGUUCAUGGCUCGAAAGCGAGCGUUUUGUUUUGAUAGUGAGAUUAAACUUCAUUAGGUUUACCUCUACGUCAAUAAACGCCAUUUAACGAACUUAACAGAAGCGUGUGCGCACAUUGAAAGCAAACUGUGCCCAUACAGCGCGUACAACUAGAAAAUACUUGAGGCUGAUGAAAUUAAGACGUUUUAGAUCGACUUUAAUCAUGUCUACGUACUUAUUUACUUCCUCUCGUGUACGUGUAUAUGUGUGGUAAUGUAUAGUUACAUUUUGUUCCUUUUUUACUUUAAAAUUGGUCCAAAGUCUAAGGUCCUAAUUUUACUUUGGUAACUCGUGUAACAGUACUUUUAAGUUCUGACAGAUCUCGUAGUGAAGCUACCCAGGAUGCCAGAGACUUUUCAUGCGCGAUUUGCGGUUUCGGUCAAGUCUUUAUAGUGACUGGCGCGAAAAGCUUCGCCGCUCGUGACUUCGGCCUGUGGCGAACACCGAAGCAUCCAGCCGCUCGAAAAAAACAAACUCUAGUUUCCAGAAUAACCGAAAACCUAAGAUGCGCUUUUUUACCCCCUUUUCCCUCCCCCCUCUUUCCAAUAGCGCUCCGUUUUACGCGUAUUUAAAGCUACAUAAAGCUGCGCAGAAAGGAAAUAAGUCGAAAGAAGGAUGCGACCUAUUACCUAGGAGUGGAGCACGUAACCCCUGGGGGCCUCCUAUAUGAAAGGGGCCGAGAUGCUCGUCGGGAAUAUUGAAUUAAACCCCUAAAUGAAAUAGAUAGUGCAGGGUCCUACCGUGUACCCCCCCCCCCCCCUCCGACAUAUUUUGUCAUGCAUACGCCCUGUUUGGUAAUAUAAUUGCACUCCCAGGUAAUUUAUUCCGAUGUACAGGGUAGUGGAGGGUACUCCCGUACACCCCCUACCCCUCCACUGGUUUUAUCAUGCAUACUUCCCGUUUGGCAAUUGCAGGUAACUUAUGCCGAUGUACUGGUUACAGACCAAUCAUCGCAGGAUUCAAAACGUUCGCAAAGGUAAAUAAAUGUAACCUUAAACAGCCUCCUACUUUAUAGAUAUCUGGACGGAGAAAAACGUCGUGUGAGGUACCUUAGCUUAAGGGGGGUUUUCCGGGAAGCUCUUGAAAGUGGUCUGUUGCUUCCUAUAAAUUCUAGCCCUAGUUCAGACCAAAAUAUGAGAUUUUUCCUCCCCUUUUUCGAACCUGAACCGCUGUUCUCAAAGUAUGAAUAAUGAUUGAUGAUGAUUAUCGUCAUCGUUAUCAUUUUCAUCAUUGUGACUUACCGUAAAAUUCCGAAAAUAAGCCCCGGGGCUUAUAUUUUCCAAAGGCCCUUUUUGAGGGGCUUAUUUUUGGAGGGGCUUAUAUUCGGAGGGGCUUAUCUACGGAGGGAAAUUUGCGUUUCAAAAUCGAUCGGGCUAGCCUUAUAGUUGGAAGUAAAUUUGCCUUUUUUGCUCUGGUUUUACUCUGUAUUUGAGGGCAAUUUUCCAAGUACAAGCCCCUGGGGGGUUAUAUUUGGAGGGGCGAUUUAACGGAGGGUUUUUUGCGUUACCGGUUAGGGGGGCUUGUAUUUGGAGGGGCUUAUUUUCGGAAUUUUACGGUACCUUAUCAUAGGAAAUUAACCGCUUCAUGAAAUUAACGAGAAUUUCAAAAAUGCGCGUUAAUAGGCCAUUUGCAUGAUGGCGUCAUUUUACUACUACGACCAGAAUCCUUCAGGGUUUUGCUUUCUUGUGCAAAUUAGGGCUUUUGUUUUUUAAACCCCGCUGGGAUUACCCAAGUUAAAUAUGAAAGGAAAAACGAAAAGAAUUUUGGUCGUAGUAGUAAAAUGACGCCAUCAUGCAAAUUGUCAGGUAUUUAAGGUUAUUUUUUUUGCGAAUGUUUAUUUCCGCGCUGCAGGAGCCGUUAAUCAAAUGAAGCGUUAAUCUCCAUGACCUUAAUUUCCACUAUUUUGGCCCCAAAUUCUCGUUACACUUUUGAUAUUGUUGUCACCUAAGAAAGAGGAGUAUUUUAUCAGGGUCAGCCGAGAUCCGCUAGUAACAGUCGAUACAGAACUUAUGAAGCACCCCCGAUGUGGCCAGAAUUUUUCGCUUGACUCCCUUCGUACGUUUAAGGAAAGAACCACGAACAAACUUUCCAUCUCCGAUUUUUUUUUCAAGUUUAACUUUUUGCCUGUUGUUCGUUCAUUUCCUUCAUAUUGAAAUAUUACCCUCUCUUUCGCAUGUUUAAUUCGAAAGUCGUUUUCCACUAAGUGUGCGUUAAUUUAAGAAGCCAGGGCCUUAACUGCAGUGUUAAUUUCCUGAAAUAAGUUGUUGCCGUUCGUUUUAACUUUUCUAGCUAUGAUGCUGAUCAACCGUUUGAUUGAACAACUCGAUUGGAAAAGACUUGAGCACUCAAUUUCAAAUACAGAAAUCCAUAAUGGUAUACAAGUCUCUAAAUGGCCUUUUCGAAUAUUUAUCAUCAGUUUGUUUAAUUACUCCCGAGGGACUCUGUUAACAAACUAUUUGUCCCAUUUCGUUUCAUGAAAACAGCCAGCGGAACAGUUCUCUACCGCCUAGUCAUGUGAGGGAAGCCGAAUCUCUUAGCGUUAAAUUUAACGGCAUUCGCCGUACUCAGUUCUAGUUCUAGAAGCCAUUGAACCUUACCCUUUUCUGACUCAAACGAUAAAAUCUAAUUUAAUUGCAGACCAGAGGGUGCAAAAAAACAUACCCUCUGGCGCCGGAUAAAAUAAUUGCGGGUUAAAAAGUUAAAGGUACAAUGGACGAUUUCCGUUUUACUGUUUGCUGUGGUGGACUAUUUAAGACAGUGCCUUAUUAAACAUUGAAUUUACAUACCUUCAUCAUACUUUUUUUGCCACAGUAACUGAAAUCAGAUCUUUUUUGUGUUUGUCUUAGGAAUGUUGCGCUAAGGUCUCAAGUGACUGUUGUAAAGACGUCAACCAGAAUGAAAUUACUUCUCAUGAAGACGACAAAAAGGUACGUUUUAGUUUUUUUUAUCUUUCAGCAGAGCAUCAUGGGUAAGAAAAUUUGGUUAUCUGUGCAUCCAAGAAAUUUGGGUUCUGACAAUCAUCCAUCCCUACAUCCACUCCUUCAUGUUUGCUGUUGUGAAAUGUCCAAGGCAUAUACUAUCAGUGUUUAACUUGAUAUUGGACAUCCAUGGUCAAUUAACAGCUGUAAAAAAAGUAUCCGCUGACUACUGUCACAUGUCUGUAUCGCUACCUCAGGUGUACAACUCAUUGACGUGACGUAUUUUUUAAGUUAUCCCGUGACCAGUUAUUGAGUUAGGUCUUUCUGUGUUUGUCUCAGGAAUGUUGCGCUAAGGUCUCAAGUGACUGUUGUAAAGACGUCAACCAGAAUGAAAUUACUUCUUAUGAAGACGACAAAAAGGUACCUUUUUGCGGAUCUCUCGGAGGAGUACUAUGGGUAAGAAAAUUUGGUUACCUAGCAUGCAUCCAAGAAAUUUUGGUUCUGACAAAAUCAGGUGGAAUCGUCCGUCGGUCCGUCCGUCCACCCCUUCAUGUUAGUGGAUGAGAAAUGUCACACUUACUAGUUAGCAAACAAAGUGCAACACGAUUGCAUCCAGUAUUCGAAUUCUAAGAAAAAGAAAAAUUAUUACUGGGACUGUAUGGCGUAUACCGUGUGGAAAGGCCUGUGGCGAUGCCAACAUCUUCAUCGUGUCGGUGUUUUGGUUUCAGAUUAGUUCUGCGUAGUAUAAUUAACUUAAAUCAAACUAGGUGGACUUUACAAACCAAUUAUAAACAACGUUAAGUAACUGUAAUUUGUCUGCGACCUACAAUUGUCCCUAUCAGGUCUCGUUUUGCAAUCCAUUCGAAGGACGUUUGACUCCAAGUAAAACUGAGAAAUAUAAAGUUUUGUUGUUAUUUUUUGCAGGGCGAUAAUUUACUAUUUAAUGCAGAGGAUUUUGCUCCUUAUGAUCCGACGCAAGACGUCAUCUUUCCGCCUGAAUUGAUGGUACAGUCCUAACUUGUUUUGCUCUUGUUUACACUGAGAUAAGCGUUAACUGACUGACAUAAAUUCUCACCAAGUACUCUGAGAGGCUAUAUCAUAACUAAUUAAAUAACUUCUGGAAUAUAAGCAACGCUAGAUCUUUUUAACGAUCAAGUCCUCGCAUAUAGCAACGAAUCCUUAAAAUUCAUACCUGCAGAAUAAUCCACUAAAACGUUGAGAGAACCUGUAGGGCUCUAUCUUGAGUGCAAAGCGUGGAGCGUAGCAAUGUUGGAACAAUGUUGCAACCAUUCGAAACAAUGUCCCAACAAUGUUGUAAUGCUGUGUUGCGCUAAAAAUCGUCCUUGCGAAUAGUCCCGUGUAACAUAACCUUUAGAUUCGAGGAUGAGGACGACUACGAGUACAAGAUUUGAUUGAAAGUUUUUUCGCGUAUAUUGCUACAAAAUAGACCUCCCGGGAUGCUUCACUGUACUUUCCAUUUUUUACCUGAAAAGUUAGCACUGUUAUCUUUAUUGGAGGAGAAUAAGCUCUCUCCCGAUCGCAAAAGGAUUAAACAGUCAAACAUUUGAUAACUUGUUUCCGCCAAUACGACAUUCUCGCUAAAACUCUUACAGGAAUGACGACGGCUACCACUUUUACCCGCCAAAAUGACGCUGGUUCACUUGCCAGCAUUACUUAGUAUUGCAAAAAUCUCGUACUCCUUGUCGUACUCGUCUUAGAAUCUAAAGGUCUUAAGCGCGAAGUGUAUUGAAGGUUUCACUUUUCUUUCUUUUCUUCUUCUUUUACUCAGCUUAAAGGUGCUGUCAAGCCAAAAAGUUUGUUUAUCAAAGGACAAAAAACAACUUGGAUUAGGCCGACCACAUUACAGGAACUUUUAGAGCUAAAGGAGAAAUACCCAACAGCAAAAUUAGUUGUUGGUAAUACUGAAUUAGGUGAGUUCUGAUCUGAAGGGCAAAGCAUUUGUCUCCUUUCCAGCUUCUCGAGAAUUAUUAAUUCUGCAAUCUUUGGCAAAUGUUCCACGAGCACUUAUAAAUGGUAGGUAACCAAACGAGACGAAAUGUGAUCAUAGCUGAUCAUGAUCGGUUUCAUUGCAAAUAAGCAAGUGAUAUCAUGAUAUGGUAAAGAUAACUGAUUCAACUCUUUUUAUCCGCAUACGCUGAACGAGUGCAAAUGUUCAACGAAAAUAUUGGUAAAAAAUAAACGCCAAAAGAAAAAAAAAAGUAAAGUAACUAACUCACUAAACAAAAACCAUCCCGCCUUACACCCUCCCCUAAGCAUUUUCCUACUUAAGCAAUUUAUAUCUCGUUUCGUCAAUCGUGUUUUAUAGGAAUUGAGACGAAGUUCAAGAGUCAAAACUAUCCAAUCCUGAUAGCUGCCACUCAUAUCCCAGAACUGAAUGUGGUGAAGCACACCACAGAUGGUAUUAUCUUUGGUGCAUCUGUUACACUGUCUACUCUGGAAGAGGUUCUUUUGGAAGCCACAGAAUCUUUACCAGGUACAUAAAACCGAAUUUGCAUUGACAAUAAAACAUUUUUGCCCCACGACGUUGUUUACCAUUUAUGUACUUGGACUAACCAGUCGGCUCAUUGUUUGGACAAAAUAAUAACUAGAGCAAAAUUCGGGACUGACGAUUAACGUUUAGAAAUUGCGCUUACCGUCUGCACAAAUCGGUCCCAAUUACUGAAAUACGGUCGCAAAACUGUUAGCAAAGAUGAGUUUGGAGACGUAGAGCACGAACUUUCGUUUAGUACAUUCCGACCGGGAACAUUCCAUAUGCUCAAUUUCCUUCGUAAGUUUCCACUGGAAUGGCCCGAUUACCUAAUUCUUUCACUCCCCUGUCAUUUCUAGACCCUCAAUGUAUUUCUUUUUUGGGGGCAGUUUCUUUUUUUUGCUUCAGUAUUUUACAAGAAAUAAAUUGGCAAAUUUCUUGAAGGUUGAGUCUCACCCUUCUCUGCAGCCUAGGCUCAUUUCGUUUGACUCUCGUAGAGCCUAUGGACACUCAAUAAAGUUGGCGGUUAUUCAGAUCACCCUCUUACGAUUUACACUCAUAAUAAUUAAUUAUUAACUUUAGAGUACAAGACGAGAUGGUUUGCUGCAAUACUUUACAUGCUCAAGUGGUUUGCCGGUCAUCAGAUAAGAAAUGUCGGGGUAAGUUUCUUUUCUGGUUAUUUACAAUAAGAUUAAUAUUUUAACCAUACUUUGCAACCUCGAUUAUAUCAUGUUCAUACUAAUGAAAAGUUAUAGAUCAGAGUCUUUGCCUAGGGAAAAGGACUGAUCUUGAAAAUGAAGCAAACGUUUAUUAUGGCAUUAUUAAAGUAAGACUACAAUCAUGGACAAAGGGGAAGAAUUUGUAUUUGUGGCUCUUUUUACACUAGCUUUACACUAAUUGUAAAUAUCUUAUUAUCCACUCCCCUCAGGGCUUUUCAGGGAUAAUUUACAACACUGGUUGGGGGACUUUGCCAGACUGCUUAAGGUGCAGUUUACAAGUAGUGAAGGAAUGAGUAAUGAUGCCCCCAUACAUGAGUGUGAAAGUGAGAUAGGCCACUACACCGGGCACUACGUGCCCUACUCUUUACGAAGAGUGUGUGGGUUCUUUAACGUCCCACAGAUUUAAUACAUGUGCAAGGGCUUGUGAGACGGGGCCUACGGUUUAUCGUCCUUAUCCGAGAAGACUAGAGAGUCUAGCCGUUUGCAGAUAUUAUUACAAAGGCAGCACUUUCUCCUCAGUUAUUUAAAGACCCUGAGUGUUGGUCCGGCCGGGGUUUGAACCCGCGACCUCCCGCUCAGUAGACCGGCGCUCUCCCAACUGAGCUAACCAGGCGGCGGUUACACUAAUCUUCCCUAAACGUCCCCCGCCACCUAAGAACAUUUCACACUCAUCUAAGAUGGUCGCCCGUAACGCAAAGCCCUCGAUCUAGACUUUCUUACGGAAAAAUAGGGGACUGAGAACAUUCUAUGUUGAUUUAAUGUACCCACAGGCUUUUUGCGUGAGUUUUCAACUUUGCAUUGGGUGGGGAAGGAGAAAACUGUAACUAACGCAUUUCGUAGAAACUAUCGGUAGCUCCGCUUUCCCAUAAAGUUAUGCUAAAAAAAACACUGGAGACCUUUAGAUUCUAAGACUAGAACGACUACGAGUACGAGAUUUUCUCAGUAGGAAAUAAGGCUCGCGCGUGAGGCAGCGUCAUUUUGGCGGGAAAACGUGGUAGCUGUCGUCAUUCUACUACGAGAGUGUCAUAGUGGCGGGAACAAGUUAUCAAAUGUUAGAAGUUUUAGCAUUUUGCAAUCGGGAGAGGGCUCAACCUCCUUCAAUAGCGAUAACAAUGCUAACUUUCCUGGUGAAAAAAAGUACAAUGAAUAACUCCUGAGUGUCUAUUUUUUGACAAUACGUGAAAAACUUUAAAACAAAUCUCUUACUCGUAGUCGUUCUCGUCCUCGAAUCUAAAGGUCUCUAGUUAAUCACGGGUACUGCACCACUGUCCUAAUUUCCUUUGUCCACGAUUGUAGGUACAUUUGCAAGAAGCGAUUGCGGUGAAGUCUGAUCUCUAAGCCAACCUUCGCAAUCAGUUUAACCACGUACUCACGCUAUUACUGACGUUUAUCAAGAAUGUCUCAAAGUUCUCUCAACAAUCUGAUUUUCCUAAGCAACCCAGCUUAUCAACUUUCAUAUCUUAAGGCGGACCACCUCGAGGAAUUCCACACACGAGAUAUUUCGAAGUGGUUAAAUUUGUUUUCAACAAACCCCAAACGUUUCUCGUCAGCUUUCCCCUAAGUGAUAGAGAUUCCUUAUUUUGUUCUUCGUUCUAUUAUUCUUUUAGGCGAUUGGGGGAAAUAUUAUGACUGCUAGUCCAAUAUCAGACCUCAAUCCUCUGUUUAUGGCUGCAAGAUGCAAACUGUUGUUGGCGGCCUCAGGAGGUAUUAGGCCGGGAGGGAAUACCUCUUUCAUGGGGUUGACCACUCCCUUGAGUUAUUAGGAAUAUAAUAAUAAUGAAGUUUUAAUGAAAAGAAGAUGUUUGCAGUUAAAGGCGCAGUUUAUGCAGCUGCGUAAAGAAAGCCUAGGCCUGUUGAGUCUUUAACUGCGAGUAUCGUCUUUGCAUUUAUUUCUUCAUUCCGCAGUUCCAAUAAUAUGAAAUUCACAAAUUCAUUAUUUCAUGAUUUAGUUUACGAGUACAGUCAGCCCUUGUACCAAGACAUACAAAGAAACCAUCGCUGAUGUCAACCCUCUUACGUCCAAAUCGAUCCAAAGCUUAGUUAUCUUUUUCCUAUUAAGUAACGACUAACCAGAAGUCAGUUGUUUAUUCCUCGCCCACCAGUUGCCUCAUGUGACUCAUUUCACUAUUUUAUUCCUUCAGAAGCUAGUUUUUUCCACACUUCCUUAACUGCUUUCCUAUACUUUUGAAACCUUUUCAGCUGUGUCCAUUUUGAUCUCCAGGCCUCGCUUAAGUAUUUUAGCUGUUUGAAGUUUAGUUUUACGAUGGCUGGUAAUUAGUCCAUCACCCAUCCAGCUCCAAAGUCGGAGAACCAGGAGCUGCUCUUCGUAACGUCUCUACCUCUCGACAAACCCACCUGUAUGAACCCUAGCCUGCCAGCAUGGCUAGUAGGCUCGAUGGCUUCCAUUACAACCUUUGUGGUUUCUCACGAUUUUGAAAAACGCUGAUAGAAAAACGAGCAACUUCCAUCGAUGUCAGAGAUCUUGCUUAGGUCACAUUUGUCUGAGUUGCUAUAGAAAUGGAUCUCCUGAACACUACUGACGUCGAAAACGCUUCCUUCCCCUGAGAAGUAUAGUGGGUCAGAAACAGGGUAAACAAAAUUAUUAUGUUCUUUACAUGUCUUUUCAUUGCUUUCAAAGGUAAAAUCAGAGAAAUCAGACUGGAUGAGAAUUUUUUUACAGGAUACAGAAAAACUGUUUUAGAGCCGAAUGAAGUUCUUGUUAACAUCCUCAUUCCUUUCACAGAAAAGGUAACGAUUCUUGUUCCAGUUCCUUUCAUCAUUAGUUUUUCAGAUACGAGAAGAUGGGCAAAAUCCACCUUGUAGCAUGUAAGAUGCGAUACUUACCAUUUCCAUGGUAAAACUGGAAAAUUACGGUCGGAAAAUCAAAAGGUUUGCACCAUUCCAUUUGGGAACCUUUGGGCUGCGAUUUGCAGCGAUGUAAUUUUUCUGUCCUUUUUAGUCUUUUCAGCUGAUUUUGAUAUAAUUCGGUGCGUGGUUACCCUGGGUACCAGAGGUUUUUCUGGCGUGGGAUGGGAAUUUUCGGUGUUGGCCGAAGGCCGACACAUCUUCGGCCUUAAGCCGAAGCCACCAGCGGCGAAGCGCGGCGUCACUAUAAAGACUUGACAGAAACUGGAAACCGCGCUAGAAAAGUCUCUGGCACUCAGGGUAGUGCGUGGUCUCCCACCACAUAAAAUGUUUCAGUUUUACGUUUAUGCGCAAGAUUUCCACCCGGGUGGUUUGCGUAAGUGGUGGACUAGAUUUGACACUUCCACUCGAUCUAAAACGUCACUUUAGUCAGUUAUCGACACUUCUGUUCUGCUUCAAGGACGAAUAUGUGUUCGCCUUCAAACAAGCUCGUCGGCGCGAAGAUGACAUUGCCAUAGUCAACACCGGUAUGAAGGUAGUGUUAGAAAAGCAAGGGAACGUCUCUUCAUGGAAGAUCAAAGACUGCAGUUUUAGCUUUGGAGGAAUGGCUCCUACAACAGUUAUGGCUCUGAAAACUAUCAAGGGUCUCACUGGACGGUAGGACCUGGGUUUUAGUUCUUUUAGGACAAAAGUGGCCAAUUAGAAAAUUCAAAACUGAUCUACUUACAGGUUUUUAGGAUUCGGCAUUCACUUCUUAGAUGUUGUUUUUUCUAAUCAAUAGAGCGAUUUCACUCACAUGCCAGCAUCUAUGUAAAUUUAUUGGAACAAAGGAAAGCGUUUGCAUUUCGCCCCUGUCGAUAGCUAGGUUAUUUUAUCUUUUCUAUGCCCUUCGCCCCAUAGCUACGCCCUUGGGCUAAGAUUUAUAAGUUCCGUGAAGACUGUCGUGAAAUUCCGUCAAUUUUCAGUGCGCAAUUGCGGCUUUCCCGUAAGGCAUAAGGUUUAUCUGAAUGAAAGGGAAGCUCCUUUUAAUUCAAAUCAACAAACAUACUCGAGUGGUUGAUGUAUUGUACCUUCUACUACACUUCUCUUCUUUACGAAUGACGGCUAUCAUAAACAAACCCUCAUGAAGUAGCCCCCUCCCUGGAAGGUAGCUUUAAUGUCCUUUAUGCUCUGUAGCAGCGGUAAUGAUUGCAUUAUUUUUCUUUUGUUAUUUCAGCAAAUGGAGUGAGCAUAUAAUCACAAAUGCUUGUCAGUUGUUAGCUGAAGAUCUCCCGCUGGCACCAGGAGCUCCAGGAGGACAAGUGCAAUUCAGGCAGUCACUCGCAACCAGCUUCUUCUUCAAAUUCUACUUAAACGUUUCUGAAUGUCUUAGUAAUCAAGCUAAGGUAACUUGCCGUAACUUUUUUCUUCUUCUAGAUUUUAAAUGAAUGAAUGAAUAAUAAAUAAAGAUGAUAUUAACUUUAACUUUAAAGUGAUAUUCAACGGAGGCACAUCCACCAAGCAAUCUUGAACUUGAAUUGCGGAAAAUGUAGGGGGUUUUGAGGAGAGGAGAAAACUAACGUUUCGACAAAAAUUUUAACCUCUCAUUCAACGUCGUGAACUAACAGUAAAAUUAACCCUUAUAGCGUCCCUUAUGUCAACUUACCUUUGUCUGGUAUGAAUUGCAGACUAUUCACGAAGAGUUCUUUCCCAGACGCUUUAGGAGUGGAAUGAAAUUGUUUGAGAGAGACGCUUCUAAAAGUUUACAAACGUUUCAGGUACGUUGCGAGUGAAAGAACUUAUCUUAUUAGGGAUUGCCGGAUCUUUUUGUUUUUGCUAAAAAUGGAGAAGUUUAGUAGUCGCCUAAGAAAAUACUCUCAUAAAAUUUAAUCGGUCACAACUUCGUGGGUUAAUCAGCACUUGGCACAAAAUCCUGCAACUUUUGAGCACCAAACCUAAAACCAUUUUCAAGCGCGGGCAAACUCAACAGAUGAACCAACACUUUGAUAUCUCAUUAUUGUUAGCCGAGAUUUUAUAGGAUCGUAAUGCGUACAUACUUUGUGUGUUCAUGGUUGGUUCAGGAAGUCCCCAGUGAGCAGCCGUCGGAGGAUGUGGUCGGCAGGCCGAUACCUCACUUAUCUGCAGCUAAACAAACCACAGGAGAGGCAAUCUAUUGUGACGAUAUACCAAAGUAUGCAGGUAGGUUAAAGUAAAGGGAAAAUGAUGGGGAGUUAUUUUAUAAGAUAGUAUCUCUGUUAAUAGUAUCUCUCUCGAAUUCUCUCUGUCGUUGCAUAAGUCUCGUACCCAGUUUCCCACAUUACAAAUAGUGUGUUCCUACAGAUAUAUGCCAGUGAAAUCUGGGUUCGAAAUAUAAGUAUGCUUUUAACUUUUGUGUAUAAACUUUCCGGCAUUUCUGUAAACAAAGGCACCAACUUGAGGCUUGGGUGGACAGAAUACAGUGAUUUCAUGAAAUUGUCCACCCGACCGUCGACCUUAUUUAUUUUUAUUGUUUGUUUCCUCACUGGAGAGCAAAAUGCUGGAAAGGUUUACUGCAGAUCUCAUAUAAAAAUUACAAAUACAGUGACCUGUAUCACGGCGUGCAUAUGCAUUUUGUUCAAGCAGUACAGUCAUUAUGACAUUUCAUUAUUUAUUUCUUACUUUUGCAGAUGAACUGUAUAUGGGCAUUGUUUUCAGCAAACGCGCUCAUGCCAAAAUCACGUAAGUAUACAUUCCUUCUUUAGCUUACUUUACACGGUUUCUUGUUAUCCUGACUUGGAACAUUGUGGAAAAUUUUUGCCUGAAAUCUUCCCCGGGGGGUGGGUACUCUGAAUCUCAAGUGACGAGAAUGAUUGAAGUAUUUUUUUGGGUUUGAAAUUUUCGACUCUGAGAUUUUUGGUAGAAAAACUUGGCGAGUUUUUUUUUGCUGGAUUGAUUAAAGCAGGGACACUUGGGGUAUUCAAAACAAUCUGAAGUUUCAUGGCCUUGCGGUUCUCGGAAUACAAUACAACUAAACUUGGCGUCGGAAAUUCGGCAUGGGAUUUAUUUUAGGGGUUAAUAUUUGGUCCAGAGAUGUUUUUCGGUUCUGAUUUUUACCCCCAUUCGAUCGUCCCGUCAAUUGAAAUCUGGAGUACCUCCCUGGGGGAAUACUCCAUUCGCCACCUAACAGAACGAGAAGGAAACUGGAGCGAGUUAACUUUUGCAAAGACCUCUGGGACGGUUGCUGGGAACAGGAUAAAAAUUUGGCCAGUAGCUGAUCGGCGCGACAGUAACGAAUCCAGAAGCCUUUGCGAACAACUUUCUUAAGUAGCGCUGUCACGGUAAUAUGGGCAUCUCCGCGUUUUAGGCAUCCCCAUUCUCAAAACCCUAGUGAUAUCUGCAUCCCCUGUAACCCUUGUCCUAACCCUAACCCAAUUCGCUAAGGUAUAGAGAAGGAGAUGGCCAUAUCAUUAUAGACUACGAGUAGUCCCCAUUUUUCCUCUGGGAUUUUUCUCUCUCCCCGCCUCGUCUUGCCUUUCUCGCGUGGGGUGAUUUUCACGCGCGCGCGCGUUUUGCUUGUUCUACUAUCCCGGAGAAAAAGUGGGGACUAUUCGUAGUCUAAUGUCAUUAGGGUUUUGGGAAUGGGGAUGCCCAUAUCACCAUAUAUAACAGCGCAUUUGUUCUUGGUAGUCAAAGCAAUUUAGCCAAGAUUAGCCUUUCUACGCAUAAGUAAGCAAGGCUGGCUAAUUUCCUACAUGUCUCUCGGAUUUAAUUCUGCAGCUCUGUGGACCCAAGUGAGGCGUUAUCCCUCCCCGGUGUCAAAGCUUACGUAAGCUCGGAAGAUGUACCGGGAGACAAUAAAACCGGGUAUCAUGUUCUAGAUGAGGAAAUUUUUGCGACAGAUAAGGUAGUCAUUUUUUUUUCUCAAAGAGAUCUUCUAGGUGAGAGGUUGUCUUUCUCGAAGUCGGUCGCUUGUUUAUUUAGGGUCAGCACAUCACACAUCAAAACAUCUGAACAGUGCAGGUCGGUAUUGAUGACAAUUAUUUCGGCAUAGGAUAGACACCUGGUACACUUUCAAUAUAGGGUGCGGGAAGAAAUUUAUUUUGAAAGAUGGGGAGGGGUUUAUCACUAAUAUUUUCUUACCUCAAUUUUUUUCAUCGAAAUUUCGUGUACGAAUAUUUUCUUUGAUGCUGUAAACAAUAUUGCCAAUGCAGGAAUAUUUUUUCUCGGGUACUUAAUAGGAAUGGUUUAAUUUCCACCUAAUAUAUUCCUUGCAUGAACGUUUCUUUGAGUUUGCCCCCUCCCUCAAUAACUUUUUGAAUUAGACUAGAAACUAGUAUAUCCUUCCGCCAUCUUGGGAGAGGUAAACACUCUACCAAAUAAAAAAAGGAACGGGCCGAAAAAAAAAAUUUUGUUUAGUGGUUCAUGGCCUAAGAAAAAAAGACGCCAAAAUGAAGAAACAAGUCGAAUAAAACUUGACGGAUCCGAGCUUGUGAGCAAACGUUUUACUUGUAGGCCAUCGGGAAACAUAAGAAGCGGGUGGGUCAUCAGCUGUGAACAAUUAAGCUGUGUUUGCUUGAUCAGGUGACCUGUGUAGGACAGGUGAUUGGUGCAGUAGUAGCCAAGACUCAAGCUCAGGCUGAAAGAGCAGCAAAGAUGGUCAAGAUAUCAUAUGACGAACUACCGAGAAUAUUAACCAUAGAGGUAAUAUAAUAUAUCUAUUUUUUUUUCUUGAAAUUAUACUUAUGCACGUAUGUAUAAACCUUUUAAGCUUGUAUGGUUUGUUCUUCCAUUUCAGACCACGUAAUUGUUUCACAGAGAACUGUUUCUUUGUAAUGUCUUUCCUAUCACUGAGGUUUUUUUUCUUACUUUCUUCCCGUGUCCAAUUUCAAAUAUGUUUCCAAACUCACUGAAAAAGCUGUUGGUGCUUAGCUUAAUCACUAUAUCUGGUUUGCAAUGAUUUGAACGCGCCUUUUCAAUCUGCAUAAAAGUCCUGCCACAGUACCGAGACAUCACUAAUGAAGGUUCAUAACGACAUAAUGCUCUCUCUUGAAGGAGUGACAGCGCGUAGUAAUGGUUCUUUCGGUUUGUAAUCAGCUUUUGAUACCGUUAACCAUGACUCACUCGAGCUCCUGUCUAGACUUGAAACGUGUUUUAGAAUUUCAGGUUCUGUUUUGAAAUAAUGUUACGAGUUAGCGAUAAGAGCAAGCUUUAUUUCGUUGACCAAAAGGACGAAACGCAGGGUUGUCGGAAUAGUAACAGGAUGAUUUGUUCUAAAAAUGAAACGAGGCAUCACAACGGCAUCAGAGUGAUAUCUACCACAACUCACAACUCUUGACUCGUAAACAUGACAGCUCUCCUGGUCGUCCCGUAAAUGCUGUGUCACGCAAAAGGAGAGAAAUUUUAAGGUUACGCAGAUCACAAAAGGAACCCUAAGCCAACAUCAACACUUACUCCUCACUUGGCGCAAAAUUUUAACUUCGGAGAAGGGAUAGGUGGGCAGUUUCCCAGAGACGUAUAAUCUUGGUUUCAUAUUUUGCAGGAAGCCAUAGCUGCUGAAUCUUUCUUUGACCUUGGUCCACUUUGUGUAGAAAAUGGAGACCUGGAGAGAGGAUUUGCUGAAUCUGAUCACCUACUAGAAGGCGAAAUGAAAAUUGGAGGACAGGUAAAUUAAGAUAGUACUACUGGGAUGGAAUUGCAACUGAGUAUGAAAUCCACUUGGUUUUUGGCCUACGUAGCCGGUGCUUGAAAGUAAAAUGGGCCCGAGAACUGAAGAACGGUUGGCGUAACGGAAGGGGCCUCUCAACCAAUGGAAAUUUUCCAUACUCUCAGGAAGAGGGGAACAAACUUCAUGGGCCUCUCAGGCAGUGGCGUCCUCUUUUCUCGCGUGUCUCCCUCAGACGUUCCGUUUUUCUGGUGCCUAUAUUACUUCCAAGCGCCUGCUACACAGUCUACUAGUUUUAUAGCUUUAAGGCCAUUCAGUGCCAGCUUCUAAAAAAAGAGGUUUUACUGUUCUAAUUAUCACAGUUAUCAUGUUUUGUGCCAUUGUGUUAUGAUUUGGUGGUGGUAGUGUGUGUCCUGAGAUCAAAAUAACACACGACGACUCACGUGGUUUUCUCUUUUCUGGUGGUAAUAGUCUUCGCUUUUGCCCGCUUUCCUUCACAUUAGCGAAACUAUGGACGUUGACAGAUUGCAUGUCCGGUUUACUAGGAAGACGUUUCUUAUAGUGAGAAAAGUUUUCAAUUGUCUUUUUAAAUUGUUUUUAUUGUUUAAAAAAAGACGUGGCUGAUACUUGUCCUUAUUGUAAAUGGCAACGAGUUCCAUAUAAAAGGUACAGCAGGAGUGAAGCUGUCUUGCCCAUUUGUAGAGCGGCUGACUAUUGAGACGAACAGAAGAGAUUGUGUAUUAAAUAUCUUGCUAGUUGAUGACGAGCUUUUGCAGAUUUGUUCUCGGGCUGCUGUUUUGUCAUUCAUAAUCUCUCCUCUUUUUUAGAUCCUUUCCAUUCCAACUUUUUAUGUAGGAGCCAAUGAUUUGUGUUAAAGUCACUCUAGGGAGAAUCUUCUAUAAUGUUGUGCUGACAUUUGCGUGUAACU